CGUCACAGAGCGGUUAUACAAUCUGUGCCCUGACUUGAGCCUGCCAGAAUUAAACCUUACCAUGUUCUGCCUUUAAGGACUGCUUCACAACAAGCUGCCAGAAUGAUGAAAACAAAAUUUUCAAGCAGGAAGACGAAAGACUUCAAUCUCUUGCUAAUAAAUCAUGUGUGAAAGGAAGCCACAGUGAGAAAAUGGCUUCUCACAAGUCAAAGACUGGCACCAAGAUAAAUGUUACAAAGGCAGCAGAGGAAUCCAGUCCAGUGGAUGAAUAUGUCACACCUGGGGGCUAUGAGCUGGAGAAAAUCCUAAACUGUGGGAGUGUGGCUUACACUCAUGUCAACGAGGUCUGGCCUAAUGUCUACAUUGGGGACGAGCAGACUGCAAAGGACAAGUAUAAUCUGAAGAGGUUGGGGAUUACGCACAUCUUGAAUGCAGCAGAAGGGACGUGGAACAACGUGGACACCGGAGCUGGUUACUACAGUGACAUGGACAUUGUCUACUAUGGCGUUGUAGCAGAAGACGUCACAACCUUUAACCUCAGCCAGUAUUUCUCCUCUGCUGCCCGGUUUAUAGAAGAAACACUGAGAAAUCCUCAGAAUAAACUGCUGGUGCACUGUGUGAUGGGAAGGAGUCGGUCCGCCACACUUUUCCUCGCCUACCUCAUGAUCUGUGAGAACAUGACGGUGGUCGACGCCAUCGAGCAUGUGAAAAAACGCAGGCGGAUCAUCCCCAACUGGGGCUUCCUGAAACAGCUGAGAGAGCUGGACAUGCAACUCCUGGAGAAAAGGGAAAACUCUACAGAGCAGAGCUGAUUGUAGGACUCGUGGGGCAUGUUGAGCCUCAGCUCAAGCCUCAAGUCAUUGGAGACAAGUUCAAGUCAAGCCUCAAGUCAAAUAAAGCCUCAAGAGACAAAUAAAACUCUCUGGUUAUUCAGGACAAGUCCAAGUCACGUCAAAAGUCAUUCAGGACAAAUUGAAGUCAAGUCUCAAGUAAAUUAGAGCAAAUCUCAAGCCAAGUCACAAGUAAUUAGAGACAAAUCCAAGUCAAAAGUAUUUUGAGACAAGUUCAAAUUAAAUCUCAAGUCAUUCAAGACAAGUCCAAGUCAAGUCACAAGUAACUUGAGAUAAGUUCCAGUCAAGUCCCAGGUCACAGCAACUCUCAAGUCAUGAGUGACCAGUCCCAGUCAAAUAAAAUCAAAGUAAUUCAAUACAGGUCCUAGUCAAGUACCAAGACUAUCACAGCAAGUCUCAAGUCAAAUUUAGGUCUCAAGUAAUUUGAGACAAGUCCUAGUCAAGUCUCAAGUCAUUCAAGACAAGUCAAGUCGCAGGUCUAUCACAGCCAGUCUCAAGCCAGGUUUCAAGUCACUGAAGACAAGUCCAAGUCAAGUUUCAAGUAAUUCGAGACAAAUCCAAGUUAAGUCUCAAGUCUACCAGUGCAAAUGUCAUCAAGUCUCAAGUCUUUGAGGGCAAUUCAAGUUAUGUCACAAGUCUAAAUAAAUGGUAAUAUACAAAACGUUUUGUAUGUUACCAGACAGAUGAUUAAGUAAACUCAAAUGAAUGGCAAA